GCGUGGAUGAGGAAGUUCAAACUACCGGGAAAUAAACCGAAUAAUAACAUGCCUGCGACGCGGCAAAAUAGCAUGUCUAUCAGAUGCGCCGUACGUUAGGUAUCUGAAUGUAUUAUUCGGACCCGUACUGUUCAGCUGGGUUUAUUGUGUAGUGUUAUUUUCUUUCGCGAGAGAAGAUCUGAGCCGGUGACAAUAGAACGCGCGCGCGCCAUCAACCAUUAACACGUGCGUUUGAAACCCUGAAAGAGACACAAAAUAAACAUGAUGACUUCAGAGAAGCCACCGUUACCCGCAGACGACCAACAGGAAGAGGCACAGCUGGGCUCUGAGGUCGAGCCGAGGGUUGCUGUCGAAACAGCCCGAGAUGGCUGGGACAGUAAAGUGGAAUAUUUUCUUGCUCAGGUCGGGUUCAGUGUUGGAUUGGGCAAUGUUUGGAGGUUCCCGUACCUCUGCCACCAGAAUGGAGGAGGAGCGUUCAUCUUGUUGUAUGUGGUGUUGAUGGUGUUGGUUGGCGUGCCAUUGUUUUUUCUGGAGUUGGCAGCGGGUCAGAGCAUCAGACAGGGCAGCAUUGGUGUCUGGAGACACAUUUCUCCAAAGCUUGUUGGCAUCGGCUACUCCAGCUGUGUGGUGUGUUUCUUUGUGGCUUUGUAUUACAACGUAAUCAUCGGCUGGAGUAUUUUCUACCUUGGGAAUUCUUUCCGGUAUCCUCUACCAUGGGAAAGUUGUCCAAUGGAAGGAAACAGCACCGUGGCUGAAUGUGCUGCCAGUUCUCCCACUUCAUAUUUCUGGUAUCGUAAAGCUCUGGACAUCACUGACUCAAUUGAUGAAAGGAGCGAGUUUAACCCCAUCAUCACCGGCUGUCUGCUGGCUGCUUGGGUCAUUGUUUGUCUUGCCAUGUACAAGGGCAUCAAAUCCACUGGCAAGGUGAUGUAUUUCUCCUCCGUGUUUCCAUACGUGGUGUUGCUGUGUUUUCUGAUCAGAGGAGUGAUGCUGGACGGGGCAUCAGAUGGAAUUAAAUUCAUGUUUUACCCCAGACUGGAGAUCUGGGGAGAUGUUCAGGUGUGGCGUCAGGCGGCGACUCAGGUCUUCUUUGCGCUGGGUUUGGGUUUUGGUUCUGUGAUCGCGUACUCAUCCUACAACCCGCGGAAUAACAACUGCCAUCGGGACGCGUUCACCGUGUCUGCUGUCAACUUCAUGACGUCUGUGCUGGCCACGCUGGUAGUGUUUGCUGUACUGGGCUUCAGGGCCAAAACCAUCGCCACAGCGUGUGCCAAACGUAAUCUGAAAGCUGUGUUUGAUGCGAUGUCGUCCUCCUCCUCUCUCUCCGACCUUCUCAUUAACACACCUAAUGUGGAGUACGUCACAUUGAACGAGUAUAAAAACUGGUACAGAGUUGAAGGCCAACACCUCAUUAUCUCUGAUUACAACAUCACGUCCUGCAGUCUGGAGGAGGAAAUGAAAAGGGGUGUGGAGGGAACAGGUUUGGCAUUUAUAGCGUUCACCGAAGCCAUGACUUUAUUUCCCUGGAGUCCGUUCUGGUCGGCACUGUUCUUCCUCAUGCUGCUCAAUCUGGGUUUGUCCACGAUGUUUGGUACCAUGGCCGGAAUACUGACGCCGUUAACGGACACCUUUAAGACGCUACGUAAACACAAACUAAUAUUUACAGUGUGCAGUUGUACGGUGGGGUUUCUGAUUGGUCUGAUGUUCACUCAACGUAGCGGGAACUACUUUGUGACAAUGUUUGACGAUUAUUCCGCCACGCUUCCGCUCAUCAUCGUUGUCAUCUUUCAGACCAUCAGCGUUGCCUGGGUUUAUGGAGCGGACAGGUUUUUAGAAGACUUAAAGCAGAUGUUGGGUCAGCCAGUCUCUGUGGUGUACAAGUAUCUAUGGAUGUACGUGUGUCCGAUUGCUAUGUUGGGGCUCCUGGGUGCCAGUCUGCUAAAGAUGAUCAUCGAACGGCCCACAUACAAGGCCUGGAACAGAGAAAAGGCGUCCGAGGAGCAACUCCCCUAUCCUGAUUGGGCACUUGCUGUCUUGACAAUACUCAUCAUUAUUGCAUCACUUCCUGUUCCGAUUGGAUACCUACAUUUCACUCUCCUCAAACGCCUCGGGCAGUCACCGAUGGACACUGAGGCGGGAUACGUGCCCUGUGCCACCACAGACACAGACCUGACCCCUCUCGGCACAUCAGCCCUCUUGGUAGCUGACCCUAAUUCAUUUUCCCGUUUACUUGAGGAAAACCAUGACUUCCCGUCUCAAAACGGCCUGAUUGAAAGUGUGGAAUCAAGUGUGUUAUGAGAGAGAGGGAGGAAAACAUUGUGCACACAUCAUCUGAGCUAACAAACAAUAAAAGUAUAAAGACCGAAUGGUUUUAUAUUUUAGAACUACUUUGCAGCAAUCAAAUAUAUCUAAUCAUUUUAAAAGCUGGGAACAGAAAUAACUGACUUUUAAAGGGAUAGUUCACCCAGAAGUCUUUUAACUGUAAGACUUUUUUCAGCGGAACACAAAAGGAGAUGUUUUGAAGAAUGUUCAUGCUGCUCUUUUCCAUAUAAUGAAAGCGAAUGGUGACUAUAGUUCUGAAGCUAAAAAAAAAAGCACAUACAUUCCAUAUUCUUCUGUAAGUCAUACAAAAAUGUUGUGUGUGGAAGAUUUAAGUAGUUUAUUACUGGAAUAUUUACGUUCUACCGUUGAUCUGAAACCUUAACGUUCUUCCACAUGUUGAAACCUGGCACGUCCAAAAAAACAAGUACAAACUUUUUUGUUUACAUACAUCGAAUAACGGCUACAUUAACAGCGAAUGAAUUUUCCUUUGCUAUUUUUUUUUCUUCUAUUCCUUUAAAAUGAAAAAAAAAAAAGCGGUACUCUUGACUCUGGUAGGUCCAUGAAGUGAGCCUUAAACAUAGCUUCAAAAUAAUUUAAAACACAAUUUUUCCGGUUUAUUUUUAUUUAAGGGACCUGCAUUUUGGGAUUAUAUGCUGGUUUACUGAUCUGAUGAGGUCUGAUCUAAGACAUUUUCCAUAAAGGUGUUUUUGUAAACUUUACGAAACUCGAGAAACAGCCAGUACUUUGUCACUGUUACUAUGAUUAGUAUUGUUCCACGCUGGUCUUUUCUGUGUUCAAUGCCUUUAAGUGAGUCUGUUAUUUAAACUUUGUAUAUUAGCAUCUUUUUUCAAAGAUAAAGUGACCUUUUUGGUUAAAAGAUGUCAUUAACUUUUAUGAACUGUUACACGAUCACCAAAAGCUGAGUAGUCAGUUAGCAAAAAUCAGAAUUUCUGAACAUAGAAGAUACUAUGAAUGUUACUUAGCUCAAGUAGUUAUAAAAAAAACUACACGGUCCCUUUGUUUUAUUUAUUUAGCAUUUUAAAUGUUAAUUUUUUUUUAUUAUUUUUAUUUUAUUUUAUUUUUUUACCUGUUUUGUAAAUAAUAUUAUGCUUCGGUCAGAGCUGAUAAAGACAAACUCAUUUUGAAAAAUUAUUUUUAACUUCCAGCUGUUUUAAAAGGGGAACAAUUUAAAAGCUGAAGUGUGUACAUUUUUCGGUGUUAAAGGUGCUGUAAGUGAUUUUAGCCGUUCUAGAAUUUCCACAAGCUGUCAAGCUGAGCGGUUGGAUUAGCCACUCCCUCUUUUCCCAAAACCCUGCACUCCAAAGAUGCCAAAUUAGCUUUAUAAAGCAGAAACAGUUGUCAAAAACAACAGCAGCAAAAUAGCGCCCUCUACUGGCAACUGUUAUGAGCAGCAUGGCAUAAAAAUGGCAUUAUGCCUCAAUAAUUCGCUAUAACUACAAUAUUAUGAGAACGUGCAAAAUGAUCGACAGGCAGAAAGCGUCAAUGUCCGCGGACACAUUUUUGUUUGCUGUUUAUAGAGCCUAGAGCUGUCACACUGACCGAUGAGAGAUCUCACGACACAUUUCAUUAAUAUCUUUCAGGGAGUAGGAACAUUUGUUUGCAUACCUUUCCAUGAAAAAAAUCACUUGCAGUACUUUUAAUAUACUUUCUCUUAUCCAAGCUUAAUAUAUAGAGAGAAACUUUUUGAAAACUGUAAACAUUGUAUCUUUGGCACUAUAAAAAUUCCUCUGUUUUGAGUGAUCUAUCCAGCCCGACACAACAACACCGACUCAACCAAUGGUGUGAGUUGGGGGUGGGACUAUCUGUUUGUUCGAUCAACAGCAGACGGGGCGUAUUCAGAAAGCCGUUAUAUAAAUCCAUUCAAUGUUGCAGAAACUACACACUUAAGCUUAAACUCUGUUAGUGACUGGUUGUUAUUUCAAUUCUUAUUUCUAAGUGUUUGCAUUUUCAGAACAUUUCUAAAUAUUUUCUAUCAUAAGUUGUUUUGUACAGAAAUGUGUUUGUGCCCUGCUGAAGAAAGAAUAUGGGAAAUGUUUUAUUUUCAUUGUCUUAUUUACAUCUAAAAAUAUCUCAAGACAUGUCAUUUCUAAAAGAGAAGAUAUCUGACCUGUAGGCCAGACAGUUUUAUGGCUUAUAGUCAUUGCAAACUGUUAUUUUUGACACUUACAGGGGUUUUGUGCGUCUUCUGUGUGUUUUAAGUCGGUCGAACUGAGUGUGUAAUUAGUUUUAAAAUAAUGUAUGAUAAAUGUAUGUAAUAUAACACCAUUCCUUGUGUAGAAUACUUGAGAUUUCUGUGAUCUUAAAAUGAUUAUUUUUGUUGUUGGAAACUUUGUACACUCUUUUUCUGACACUCUUUGUUUUAUUUUAUUUUUUACAAUUGUAACUGUUGAAUGCAACGGUGUAUUUUCAGUAUUUCCGUUAUCGUAACGCUUUUUUUCAGCAUAGUGUAAUGUCAAAGCCAGAAAACAAUUAAACUAUGCAGUCUUCCUUUUUA